AAAGUGAUGCGUUGCAAUGUUAUGGGCAUUAAUAAUAAAAGCCAUGAAGAUCAAUAGGAUGCUUGUGUUGGUCAGGAUGGAUUCUGUGGCUCAAGCCUUGGAGGAGGUUCUGAGUGCCGCCUUACCUCAAGGUUGCAUCACUGUCGGCGUCUACGAGGCCGCCAAGUCUCUCCAUGCAGAUUCCGACAACGUGGUUCUGUGCGUGCUGGCUUCUGACGACGGCGACCAGCAGGACGUGGCCCUGCAGAUCCACUUCACGCUCAUCCGCGCCUUCUGCUGCGACAACCACAUCGACAUCGUGCACGUCGCCAACACCCGCCGUCUGGCCGAGCUGGUGGGAGGAGCCAAGGCCGCGGGGGAACCGCUGGACCCGCACUGUGUUCUGGUCACGAACCCGCAGACCUGGUCCUGGAAGAGCUCGGCGCUUGGGAAGCUCCAAAGGUUCUGCGGGGACAGCCGGCGCUGGGACCAGUGGGUUCCGAUGGUCCACCUACCGGACCGGUGAAGUCCGCCCCGCUUGUAAAAGUGUGCAGUGUUGACCUCGGUCGGGGUCUUUGGAAGGGAAGCAGCAAGCUGGACCGGGUCGGGAAGGAGUUGACUCGGCAGUCUGGCUCCAGGUGGGCGGUCCGAGACCUUUGUGACGAUGACGAGGAGGAAGGUUGUUUUAGUCGCCGUUGGAGCUCACUGGACUUCCUGUCGCGAGUCAACAAGUUCUGGUUCCAGAAGCUUCUCCUGCUCCAAAUGGUUCACUCUAGAAAAGGGAAUCAACAAAAAUGUCAUUUGCUCUUUACACGCAGUCAACAAACAUGUUGUCAUGGUAACCAGGAGGACAAGCAAUAAACUUCCAUUCAGGAUCUCAUCUUUUGGCAAACUUUUCUGUUUAGGAACUUUUGGCCCGUGCCAAAGAUGUCUCGGUGUUAAUACUUGGUCCAAGGGCCAUAUUGGACCUGAUGCUUUCCCUUCAAGACGUUUCGAGGUCUUUAACGUGCACCAAAAGUCUCCAUAUUUGGAACAUGAACUUUUUAAAACUGGCUCCCGAGCGCCACCUUUAAAAUGAGAAAAAAAAUUAGCCACGCCCACCCGUUUCACGUAGGGACAGGAAAAUGUCAGGAGACGUCUAUCAUGACAGGACGCACAUAAAAGUCCCAGGGACCCACACCUGAAAACGAACAGGAAGUCGGCCAUCUUGGUUUUCGUCUUCCAUUUUUCGGUGGAAAAAAGGGGUGGUACUUUAAGGAACCGAAUGAGUGGCGGUUAAAUGACAGAAAGUACACUUAUAGGAGAUGAUGAGUUGCCAACAAAGUUUUCCUACGCCAUAAGAUGUGGGCGUGGCAUGGCGCCAAACUUCGCUUCGGUUGUUAUUGGCCAUUUUUCGGCUAAGAAAAGGGGUCUUACUCCAACCUCCUGCCUUUGCUGAUUUUACUGUGUGAGUGGAUUAGGUUUUUUAAACCCUGUUUGAAAUUUCUGAUCAAUUGUGAGGGCACCAAAGGGACAUCUGUGUGCGCACGCUUGUUGGCAGAGCAGCACGUAUCGGGCUGUGAAUCUUUGGGCACCACACAAUUCCACUUGAUUCCAUUCUUGGGGGUAACGAUUCGAUACAGAAUUGAUUUAAAAUCUAUACUUUUUUAACAACAUUGGGUGCUAGUUCUAUGAUUAACUACAGCUCUGAUACAUUUGAUACACUUUACUUAAAAGAAAACUGGUUUUGUUUAAUAAAAUGCUUCCAAAACAUUUAAAAUACAAAUAAGGCAACAAGAGAAGUAUCCAACAAUUCUCUUUUCUAAAGUAAAUGUGUACGGCAGAUAUAGAUCAUCUACCGUAAUUUCCGGACAAUAAGUCGCACCAGCUAAAUUUAGGGGAAAAUACAGAUUGCUCCAUAUAUAAGCCGCACCCGACUAUAAGCCGCAGGGUUUUGAUGUGUAAUUAGCGUAGUAUAUAGUGUAAUUAGCGUAGUAUAGAGUGUAAUUAGCGUAGUAUAUAGUGUAAUUAGCGUAGUAUAUAGUGUGAUUAGCGUAGUAUAUAGGGGUUCCUGCUACCACGGAGGGGAUUGUCGGGACAGAGAUGACUGUUUGGGAACGCAAAGCGUCCCAUUUAUUAACAAUAAAUCUUUCAAUCAUUCAAUCAAACUUUCACAUCUUUGACAUGGCGAACAGCAUUCAUGCAGAGUACAAAUAAUACAACGCUGCAAAGUAAUACAAAGUGCUUGCAUGUACGCUAUCAAAAUAACCAGCCUACCGGUAUAUGAAAAGUCAGUCUUUAAUCAUUGUGUCAUCGUCUUCCUCCUGCGUACUAAAACCACAGAAAUCCUCUUCGUCGGUGUCGGAGAAGAACAGGCCGUAUAUAAGCCGCACCCUUGUAUAAGCCGCAGGGACCAGAACGAGGGGGAAAAGUAGCGGCUUAUAGUCCGGAAAUUACGGUACAUCUACUAUAUGACUUGCCUGAGUGGCUGGACAGGAGAAAUUUAAAUUAAAAAAAAUAUAUAUACAAAAAAAAAAGUUUAUAUAUAUACACAUAUAUACAUACACAUAUAUACAUAUGUUUUUUCUUCUUCCCCCAAAUCAAUUAAGAAUUGUUACAAACAAGAAUU